AUAUUGGCAAUAAAAGUGGUUAAAAAAGCUGACAUGGUUAAUAAAAAUCUGAUGAGUCAAGUGACAACGGAAAGAGACGCCUUGGCUAUAUCAAAGAGUCCAUUCAUAGUUAGACUGUACUACUCUUUGCAAACAAAACAGAGCAUUUUUCUGAUAAUGGAGUACAUGAUUGGUGGUGAUAUGAGGUCGUUGUUGUCAACUUGUGGCUGUCUUAGAGAGGACCAUGCUCUGUUCUUCCUAUCAGAAAUUUUGGCUGCCCUUGAAUACCUUCACAAACAUUCUAUAAUACAUAGAGAUUUGAAGCCAGAAAACCUGCUCAUAUCAAAGGAAGGACAUGUGAAGCUUACAGACUUUGGACUAUCACAGAUCAACCACAAAAUAUGUCUGGCAGAUAUUCUCACUUCACCAAACAGUAAGUUCACCACGGGACCUUCAAGAACUCCCGGACAAAUCCUGUCACUAACCAGUCAUUUGGCUUUUGUAUGA